GCUCUCUGUAUUGGAUUUAAACUUCAAACUCUUUUGAGCUUUCAGAUUGAGGAAAAUGAAGAAACCCUUUAAAUCAGUUGCAACUUCAAGCAAAACCCACUUCGAAGAAAGUGAAGAAGAGAUGGAAUCUUCAUCCGAAGAAGAGAAAUCUGACGACUCCAUUGAUUCUGAAGAAGAGGAAGAGAUAGAACGUGAGUUAGCAGAAGUUACAUUCGAAGAGCUGCAAAAGGCACGAGCCGAUGGUUCCGAUUCAGUCUCUCGCAAACCCCAUUCAGAUACCAAGCACCGCCGCGCUAACAAGAAUAGGCCAAUGGAACUCAGUAGCAAGAAACCAUUGAGGUCAUUUAGACAGGUUAUUCAAGCUCCUAAAAAGGUGGCACGAGACCCCCGUUUUGAAUCCUUAUGUGGUAAACUUGAUGUCGACGGAUUCAGAAAAAGAUACAAUUUUCUGUUUGAGAACAACCUACCGGCUGAAAGAGAGGAGAUGCAGACGCAACUUAAAAAAACCAAAGACCCAAAAGUCAGUGAACUGAAGAACCAUAUUUCCUGGAUUGACAAGCAAUUAAAGUUCGAGUCAGCAAAGAAUACUGAUGCUGAGAUUCUGGCUGCACACAAGAAGAAAGAAAAAGAAGCAGUGAAGCAUGGGAAGCGCCCUUUCUAUCUUAAGAAAUCUGAAAUUCGUAAGCAAAGGCUUGUGGAGAAGUAUAAAAAGCUCAAGGCAUCCGGAAAACUUGAAUCCUUCAUUGAGAAAAAGAGAAGGAAGAAUGCUGCUAAAGAUCAUAGAUUCAUGCCCUAUCGUAGACCCAACAACAAUGAGCAAUAAAGUUAAUGAUUCCACAGUUUUUUUUAUGGCUCUAGAGCUGUAUUUGUGUAGUCCUACAUCUUGAAUGGUUAAGGCAUGCCCUCUAUAGGUAGUGUCGAGACGAGAUUUUGACUGGCAUACCAUCCUCCUCUAGGCAUUGUGCUACCAUUCAAUGAGUGAAAUGAAAAAUGUUGAUUUUGUUCUC